UAUGAAGAUGUUGAAGGCUCACAAGAUGUUCAGAAUCCAACCGUAUCUGCAUUAACUUUUGGCAAAUCGACCAAUUUAAGGUCUUCUAACCAGGACAUUACUUGUUGCCAUUCUUACUCGAGAAUCCCUUCAUUUGUGAAAUGCCUUCAAUUUCGGAUCUGUUCUCUAUAGUAACAGACCGCUCUCGUUAUUCACAUCACAGAGAAAGAUGGCUUGCCGGCAGUUAUGGGCUUCAAGAGCUGCAUCAUACCUCAGGAUCUCUGUCUUUCACAAAAGCUUCUCUUAUGUUUUGAACAAUAUGAAGUACAGUGAUUCUCAUGAAUGGGUGAAAGUUGAUGGAAAUUCUGCAACUGUCGGCAUAACUGAUCACGCCCAAGAUCAUUUGGGCGAUGUUGUGUACGUUGAGCUCCCAGAAGUUGGAGCAGCAGUGACACAAGGAGAUGCCUUUGGUGCAGUUGAAAGUGUGAAGGCAACUAGUGACGCCAACUCUCCGGUUUCUGGAAAAGUUGUUGAAGUUAAUGAAGAGAUCAACAGCUCUCCCGGUUAA